ACUGGUACAUAUCUACUUUAUGACAUAUUUACGCCGCAUAAAUAUGAGAUGACCGUGAUCGGCUUGAAGAGUACACAACUCGUUGGAAAAGCAUAUAUUAAUCACAAAAAUGAAUAACGUGGAAGGAAAAAUGAAAAAAUGGAUCGAAUUGAUCCAAAUGGAAAAACUGACCGGUGUAACGGAAGAUGUUCAGGCAACCGUAUUCGGUAGAAAUAAAGAAUUUAACAAACACAUUUUUAAGCUAUUGUUAUAUCUUUCACAUACUGCAGACAAAUGCAAUAAACAAGACUAUGCUAUAGGAAAAGAGAUUUAUAAGUUAACUUGUGCACUGUGUUCAAUUUUAACCAAUAUAUUAGAUAACAAUAAAUUUAUUUCUAGUUUAUUUCAUAUAAUUCGUUGUUUGUUAACAAUGCAGAUGUUUGAUGAAGCAUAUGAUGUAUGUUCUUACUUGAAAGCAGAAACAUUACGUUCUGAUUGUUCUAAUGACAAUGCAAGUGACAUAUUAGCGAAGAUAGCUUACUUAUGGCAUAGUGCAGUUAAUAAUGAAUUUCUUAUUCUGCAACAAGAUCCAUUGAAUUCUAAAAAUAACUUACAAUUGAAAAAUAUUGUAAAGUAUGAAUUAGAAAUAAUACAGAUUGUACAUAGAAGUUCCACAAAACAAUUACUUUCAAAUAUUAGUUCAUAUUUGAACAAAAUUGCAACAAUAAAUGGAGAAUCAAGAGAAUCAAUUUUUAAUGAUUUUUCUAUAUUUAUCAUUGAGUAUUUAAUCCAGACAAGAAUAUUAUUUAGUAUUAAAGAAAAAUACAUCAUAUGUCGUCAUAUGCUUCAGAUAACAAGUAGAAUUAUAUGUGAAAAUAUUAAUGAAAAGUGCCUUAAGUCAGUAACAAAAGUUCUAAAUACUAUAAGCAAUUACUUUAAGGAGAUUUUAGUCGAGGAUGAAGAAUGUUACCAGUGUUUUUUACUAUUUGAAUCUAUGUGCCUUGUAGUUGUAAAACCAAUUGAAUGUUUAACGGAAAAUGUUGUUAAAAAGAUUGAGAAGUUGAUUGACAACUAUGUAAGUCUUAUAAAAAGAUAUGAAUAUACAGGAUCUGUUAAAUGGGCCACAUUCAGUAUUGUUCAGAUUUUAGAACCAUUGUUUAUAUAUUGGGAAACAUGUAUAAAAACUGAGAAGAAAGUAUACAUAAAAAAUGAUUUAUUGUUGGAAACAAUGAAACUAGUUGGAUAUUUGAGUAUAUGUUUUAUUAAACAAAUAUCAAACAAGUGUACCUCUUGUCAAAGCGAGAAUUGUAUGGUCAAAAAAGAUAUAUAUAAUGCAGUAGCUAUAAAAACUAGAUGUAUUAAUUUAAUCAGCAAGUUUUCUAAAAACGAUUUAUCGAAAGAUGUUUGUGUAGUUGCUAAAAUAUUUUUGGAGCAAAAUAUAGCAUUGAUCUAUGAAAUGAAAGAAUAUAAAUGCAAGUGGUGGAUACAUUUAUGGUCUACCUCUAGUGCCUUGAUUUAUAACUUAGGCAUAAUAUCUGACUGCUUUUAUGAAGAAAGUGUAUCUCUAUUUUCUCUAUUAUUUACCUCUAUUGUACAAUUUGAUGGAAUUGAAUCGAAAUCAAAGCAUAUCAAUCUUGAAAAUCCUAUUGGUUUCACAUUACAUAAAAUAAGUACUCUUCAUUAUAAUCAUAACAUGUACAGAGAAGCAAUGACUGCGACUGCAUUAAAUGCCCUAUUGAACUGCAAUGAUCCAAAUUCGAAAGCAUUUCGUAUGUGGGCAAGUAUAAAACAUAAGUCUGUAAGUUCCAAGGAAAUUACGGAAAUGACCAUGCUAGCUUGCUUGAAAAAAGAUAAAUCAAAGAUAGAAGAAUUAGGAUUAUCUAUUGAUUUAUCGAAAUAUGAUCUCAUUGAAAUAUGUUUAAAAGAAGCAAAAGGUUUACAAGAAGCAAAAGUUAAUCUAUCUGUCGCCAUUCAGAAAGUUCUCAGCGAAUUGGAAGCAUUGAAAGUAAAUCCAAUACAAUACGCUCGCAUGGUUCAAAUGUUAGUAUAUCAUUCAUUAAAUUUUGAUUAUGAUGAAGAUAUUUUGGCAUGUAUUAAGCAAGCUGUUUCAAAUUUGAAACAAAUUAAAAUGGAUUGCAACAUUUUAUGUUUGCAAGCGAACUUAGAAUUUUACAUUUUUGUCACCCAAUUACGUUCUGUAAGCAAAAAAAUUGAGAUGGAAAUUGAAAACAUGAAAUUCGCAUUGUACGCUCCAAAAGUAAACGAAAUUGGGGAAAAUGAAUCUCGUGACGUAGUACCAGCUUAUAGUAUGAUAAAUAUCAAGGAAGAUUCUAGACAUAUGAUGUAUUUGCAGGAGGCAUUAAAAAAAUGGGAAAAAUGUUUAAGGCAAAAUCUUAAAGAAAUUGCAAAAGGAUAUGAACCAUUGACGACCUUACAUACAUUAAUUAUAGCGGGUGAAUAUGCUCAUUUGUAUAGGUAUGAAAAAUGUGAAAUUAAUAUAUGGAAAUUUGCACAUGCAUUAGCAUACGAAUUGCAAGAUAAUUCUACAAUUAUUUAUGUCAUUGGACGUUGUAUAUCUUUGAGAUAUAUUAAUUUUGAAUGGAUUACUAUUGCCAAAAAGCUUGCCAUCAAAUUGAAAGAUAGUAAUGAUGAAGAUACAAUUUACGCAAUCGCUGUUUUUUGGAUAAGUUUAUCAGAUUUUUAUUUUGAAUGCAACAUGUAUGAUGAAGCUAGAAAAUUAGUUGAUGAAUCCAGGAAACUACCAGGAAUUUCUUUCUUCAAAAAUAUAGCUGUAUAUUUAUACAGUCUCGAUAGAAUUUUGUAUAAUUGUUAUUUGUACAAAGAAAAUAUCAAACACGAAGAGUACACUCGAUAUAUUGUUGAAAUUUUGUAUACUCUGGUUAAUUUGAACGAGGAACUUUCUGCAAGAAAAUGGAAACCUCAAGACAAGUAUCUUUUUGGAUUCGACAUACUAUUAUCUGCAACCGUUAAUUUAUCCCUACGAAUGAAUAGUUUAUUAUCUUUUCAAGAAAUUAGUGCCCAUCUAGUGCGCAGAUUGAAAAGUGCGCAAAUUCUAGGAGCAACUAUAAGGGUUGCUGAAAUUUUAAAAUCUCUCUGUUACAUUGAUUUAUCACGUGUACAGCUAAACGAUUGUGAAGUAAAACUUCAAGGAUUAGAGCAUAUUCUAAGUAUCGAAACAUUUAAAGUAUCUACAAACAGUAAUCUUACAAAAAUGAAUUCGGGUAAUAUUUUACAAACGCCGACCCGGGUUAUAGAUCCUAUUAGAGAUCUUCCUGAAUAUAAUACUUCGCCAGUUCUCCAAAACAAAGUAUUCAGUUUACCUGAAUUUAUGCGCCAUGAAGAUUGUAACUGUUAUUUUUGUCAAAAUAUAUCGUAUCAUUAUUUAGUGUUUACAAGCACACACAUCAGAGCGCAAUUAUAUGCAUUCCAAAAAAAUAUCGCAGCUUCGUUACAGCACUUUCAUGGUGCGUUUAAGAUAAAAGAGAACUUGAUAAAAAUGAAAGAAUACAUACCAUUAUGUAUGCCUAUCAAAUAUCUUCCUUGGCAAGAACGUUUUUAUAUUAUAGACUAUGUACUGUUAUUAAUAAAUUUUUCUUACUUCCUGAGAAGUUUUUUUAAUACAAAGCAAGAGAAAAUAAGGAAUAUCAUUUCGUUGGCGAUUCGAAUAUGCGAUACGAAUAAAUUAAAGGGACAUCCAAUUUAUAUGACGGUUAAUGAAUUGAUGCUUGAUCAUAGCUUUCAAAGUACGUUUAGUUCUUCUGAUUACUCGAAAUUUACAGUUCCUGAUCCUUUUGAUAUCGAUAUAAGUAAAUACAUGCAAAAAUCGAACACUGAAAGUAAUAUUUGUAUAACACCAACUAUUAACAACACUCGAUCGAAGAAACCUGUUACUCUUCAACGUAAUCGAACUCCGCCUCUUUUAAAAUUAACCAAAGUUAGUAUUAACUUCAGUGACGAUGAGGAUACUUCUUCACCGCCAUCCAGAUAUGGAAGAACAAGAUCGCAUAGUAAAUUAAUAAAAAGGAAAAUCUUAAAUGAAGAAUACUCUGAAACUGUUAGUCACACCGAACAGGAAACAAAUCAAUCCAAAAGCAGCUUCUCGUUGCAGGAAUUAAUCGAUACAAAGGAACAUAAUCCAAAUAUUUCAAUAAAGGAUAUAAUCAAAAAAGUCGAAUUGUUGGCACCAGAUAUAUCAGAACAUUUAUAUAAAGUAGAUAAUAUAGACGAGCCUGCAACCACCGAAAAUGUACAGAAAUUAAUCGAUUUAAUGAAAGAUCUUAAAGUAAAUGCAAUUUCGCAAAAAAAUCCUAGAAAAACGCGACAUUCAAAGAAAGCAAAUACAGAUGACUGUAGUAAAAUUAAUGAAGUGAUCGCAUUAUUUAAAGAUUUUGUCAUCAACGAUCCGAUGAAUAAAGAAACUGUAACGUCUGAAGAAUCUAUAUCUUUUGUAAAAACAAACACUUUAUCAUACAAAAAACAAAAUAGAAAUAAUGAGGAAAAGACAGAUAACUUAGAACAAAAUAAUUUAGAUAAAUUGGAAAAAACAUAUAAAAGUGAAAAUACUAAAUUAAAAAUAACAAGAAAACGUACGGAACACAGUGUUUUAAAUAAAGAGUCAUAUAACAUAAGAACUAGAAAAUCAAAAGAAAAAUUAUGAUAAUUCAGUAAUAUAACACUGCCAAUAUUCUAUAUUAAAUAUUAAAAUAUUGAAUCAUGUAGAGACUGGUAUUA